AUCGGCCGGAAGCCGCCCCCCAGCGGAAGACGGACUGGGCAGCUUGGGCUGCCCCAGGCUCCUGCCCCGGGCUCCUGGCCCGCCCACGCGAAAGUGGGUGAAAGGUCGGCGGUGCCAGCGCUGCGGCUGGUGCAGUGGCGCAGGGCAGGCCCGGAACAGACUGACACAGUGCCGGCCAGACGGACGGACCAUGGCAGACGAGGCGAAGCCUAUCAGCCCACUCAAGAACCUGCUGGCCGGCGGCUUUGGCGGCAUGUGCCUGGUGUUUGUGGGGCACCCGCUGGACACCGUCAAGGUCCGACUGCAGACACAGCCCCCAAGUUUGCCUGGACAGCCACCCAUGUAUUCUGGGACCUUUGACUGUUUCCGGAAGACACUUGUUAGAGAGGGCAUCACGGGGCUAUAUCGGGGCAUGGCUGCCCCCAUCAUUGGGGUCACCCCCAUGUUCGCUGUGUGCUUCUUUGGGUUUGGUUUGGGGAAGAAACUGCAACAGAAAUGCCCAGAGGAUGUGCUCAGCUACCCCCAAAUAUUUGCAGCUGGGAUGUUAUCUGGUGUAUUCACCACGGGAAUUAUGACCCCUGGAGAACGGAUCAAGUGCUUGCUACAGAUUCAGGCUUCUUCAGGGGAAACCAAAUACACUGGGGCUUUGGACUGUGCAAAAAAGCUGUAUCAGGAGUCUGGGAUCCGAGGCAUUUACAAAGGGACAGUGCUCACCCUCAUGCGAGAUGUUCCAGCCAGUGGGAUGUAUUUCAUGACAUAUGAGUGGCUGAAAAAUAUCUUCACUCCAGAGGGAAAGAGUGUCAGUGAGCUCAGCGUGCCUCGGAUCCUGGUGGCUGGGGGCAUCGCUGGGAUCUUCAACUGGGCUGUGGCAAUCCCCCCGGACGUGCUCAAGUCCCGCUUCCAGACUGCACCUCCUGGAAAAUAUCCUAACGGUUUCAGAGAUGUGCUGAGAGAGCUGAUCCGGGAUGAAGGAGUCACAUCUUUGUAUAAGGGAUUCAAUGCAGUGAUGAUCCGAGCCUUUCCAGCCAACGCGGCCUGUUUCCUUGGCUUUGAAGUUGCCAUGAAGUUCCUUAACUGGGCCACUCCCAACUUGUGAGGCUGAAGGCUGCUCGAGGCUUCUGGAUGAUGGAAGCUAUCACCGAGGAAGAAGCAGUGGGCAGGACUAGUCAGUCCUGAAGGGCAAAAGGAGGGGAAUGGUGGGAUCAGAGCUGUGUGCAUGGACUUGUUGAGACCAUUGCCUUAAUGACAUCCUCUACCUGGUAUAACUUGGUCUGCCACUUUGAGACUUGAAUUUACUCUUGUCAGUUUAAGGGAUCUCAAGAGGCUUUGGAGGUGGAGUAAGUGGCUUUCAGACCAGAUACGACCUGUGGUCAGAGAGCUGUCUACUGGUUGACUACAGGCCCUAUUAUACCCAAAAUACUCCUCGAGAAAGAGGGAAUCUCAGCGUCUCACUGGAGGCACUAUGCAUGUUUUCAACCAGCUGACCAGGAGCUGGGGUGUUCUUCAAUCCCUACCAAGGAACACACACCAGGUUUCCAGGGUAUCAUAUAAUCCUGGCCUGCAUGUGAGGAUGUGGACUUGAGGCCCACAUCUCUCUGUCCAAGUGGACUGAACAAAUGUGCCUAGGGGCAGAUAGCCUGUUAACAGUUUGAUUUUUUUUUUUUUUUUAAUGCAUUCAGGUAAUCAAAACUUAAACUAAGUAGCCCAAUUUCCCAGGAGUAGAUGGAGAGCUUUCCCUCCUACAGAGUGAGGAGGGUUUGGAAUCAACAGUCCGAGCCCUGCUGAGAUAAGUGACAAAACCUAGGGUGUAGAAAAGGCCAUUUUUGCACACUCUUUUCUCAUGAGAGCGCCCUCUUUUAACAGGAAACAAUAAAUAUUGUUUCUAAUUUUU